AAAAAUUAAAAUACUAGUAGUAGACUAGGAGUACUGUAGUAGAGUAAUCCAAGCAAGGACAAGGGUAAUUUCGCAAAACAAGAAAACCUUGGGCCAAAAACCUAAAAUCUAAUAUCUGUACUUUGCAAUUGCGUUUCCGAUUCUCCAAUCAAUUUGGAAGAUUCCAACUACAAGAACAUAAAGAUUCGUAAAGACAGUUAUACACUCAUCGAAUGCAUUGAAGUAAAAGGAGAGAGCUUUAGCGGCUUUAAUUGUUACUUUCCCUCCCUUUAAUUAUUUUAGGGUCUCAUUUGCGUUUACUGAGCUCUUUAAGGUUUCAUAAAGACAACUAGACAGAAGAACCGGUUUCUGGCGGUUCUUUCUAAACCGAUUGGUUCAUUUCUAGUUUUUCCAGAACUCUGGGGAUUUGGGUUUUCGAUUCGAUAUUUUUGGUUUUGAUGGCUCUCUAAAGGUUUCUUAAUUCCUGCAAUUUUUCGAAGGGACAGCAGUAAUCUAAGGUUUAGAUGUGUUAAAACGUUAUGAGAUUUUCUUCUGCAUAUGGUAGUGACUUUUGUGUUCUCUGUAAUAGUCGGUUCGAAGCAAAAUUGCUUUGGUUAAGAAGAUAAGAUGCCAUCUAGUUAUUUUUGGAGACUGAGGAGUGCAGUUCAAAAUGGAAUCCGGAGAACAGAAUGUGGGCUUCAAGAUUCGAUAGAAGUUCUGAUUGGAACAGGGAAGCUAGGGUUUGGCAAUUAUAGGUUUUUUCAUUCUUUAAGAUUUUCGAGGCUUGCGGAUUUGCAAGGACUUUUGCAAACAGCGACUUUUUUGGCUGCAAGAUCAGAUUCUCUCUUAGCCAACCGAAGAAGGAACAUUUCUGUUGUUGGAGCAUUUUAUCGAACUAUUUCUGUUCCAUCUGUUUCGGGCACUGCUUUCCAGGUUUGUGGAUAUCAUAUUGAUUGUGCACUAGCUGACUCCAGUCAAAUAUCUCCAUCAGUGAGCAAAUUUCAGGGUAAACCCAUGGCUGCUUCUGGUUCUAGAGUUGUAAUUGGUGGAUAUCUUGUUGAUACAAUAAAGUUACAGCAUGAGCACCUUUCAUCGUCAACGUGUAGUGCUGACAUCUUUUAUGGCAAUAGAAGUUUGAGUAACUGCAUAAAAGCUAGAAUGAGUUUGAAAAACCAUGAGAAGCCUAGCAAUUCUCCAAUUUAUGGAUAUUACAUGUAUAGUGCUGGAAAAAGAUGGUGCAACUUUAACCCUUUGUUGGCGUCAGAUGCAAGGGCUUUCCAUAGUUUGUUGCCUUCUUGUUUAUCAGCUGGGACUGCCUCUGAUGUUUCCUUCGAUAAUUCUGGAUGUGAGGAACAGGUUGCCAAUUUUUCUGUGUCAUCAGAGGAGAGGAUUGCUGCUCGCAAAACUCUGAAGCUGCUUUCAGGAUUAUGCUAUCUUCCCCAUCCUGACAAAGUAGAUACUGGAGGAGAGGAUGCUCAUUUCUUAUGUGUGGAUGAACAAGUAAUAGGUGUAGCAGAUGGAGUUGGUGGUUGGGUAGAUCUGGGUGUUGAUGCUGGUCAGUAUUCUACGGAACUCAUGUCUAACUCUGUAUCUGCUAUCCGUGAGGAGCCCAAGCGUUCAAUUGACCCAGCAAGAGCCUUAGAGAAAGCUCACUCUAGCACAAAAGCUAAAGGUUCCUCAACAGCAUGCAUCAUAGCACUCACAGACCAAGGUCUUGAUGCUAUAAACUUGGGGGACAGUGGUUUUAUGGUGGUUCGAGAUGGAUGCUCUAUAUUUAGAUCCCCUGUUCAGCAGCAUGAUUUUAACUUCCCAUACCAACUUGAGAGUGGAAGUACUGGUGAUUUACCUAGCUCUGGUCAGGUCUUUUCAGUUCCUGUUGCUCUGGGAGAUGUUGUCAUUGCUGGCACAGAUGGACUGUUUGAUAACUUGUACAAUAAUGAAAUUACUGCAGUGGUGGUUCACGCGGUCAGGGCUGGUUUGGGGCCUCUAGUGACUGCUCAGAAGAUAGCAGCAUUGGCACAGCAACGAGCACAGGGUAGAAACCGACAAACACCUUUCUCAACUGCCGCUCAAAAUGCUGGGCUCCGUUAUUAUGGUGGAAAGCUUGAUGACAUCACUGUUGUUGUGUCAUAUAUAACUAGCUCCGAGGAAUUAUGCAGGAGAACAGGUGUUUGUAGCGAAGUUAUUGAUUUGCCGUUGCCACCAUCCAAUUUUGUUAUCAGGAAGCAAUCCCUUUAUGUUGAUCAGUUGGCCUUAGGAGGAUUCCUUGUUCUAUAAUUAGCAACGAACUGCCUCUAUGUUUUCUAUGUAUUUUUUAACUAAUUGUUUUUGUCACAUUCCUUUAUCAAAAGAAUUCUUGAGCGAGAUGAUGCUUUCAACGUUCAAACCACAUUCAACAUUGUCAAUAUUAUUGUUGGCAUUUUCAUUAGUUCAUGAAAUGAAAUGUUCUUGUCGCCAAAAAAAAAAGGGUUUCUCUCUGUUCCAGUUGUGUUCUGUGGGUGGGAAAGAGCCAUGGCCAUUGAACUUGCAAGUAAUUACUGAAUGUUAUAAACCAGAAGCCGACUGAUCUUUGGACUGAAGUUCCGUAUUUUAAGGGAGUUUUGGCAACUGGGUUACAGUGUUCUCUCAGAGACCCAUUCAACCAUCUUCAUCGUGAUUCUGAUGUAGAGUCCCUGACUGACGGUCACAAUAAUACGACUGCUUACGGAUAUAACGAUGGCUUUGAUGAACCUGCAAUGGGUUGGGCACGUUAUAUAAUGAGAAUAUGGUUUCACAACUCUGGUUUCUUUUAUAUACGGCCUACAAUUCCUUCGAUUGAUCUUUUGGACCGUGUGGCUGAUCGGUUGGCUCGGCAACAAACUCAUGGGACCAAGCUGUUUUAAAUGAGGUACUCUAUUUCCCUUCACAACCUGGGUAUGAUGGGCUCCAUGCUGCCGAGAGAGCAAUGGAUUUCUACAUGUUUAUGAACAGUAAGCAAAGAUGUUAAACUGAAGAAGUUAAAGCCUGUAAUUAUUCAUAUAAAUUACCACCCAGAUAAACUUCGAAGAAUGAAAGCAGUUGAAGAUUUCUAUGUUAAUGGAAAGUACGAAGCAGUGGACCCUUUCCCAGAUGGUUCUGAUUAGUAGGAGUAGCACUGCUGAGGAUCUCACGUUGAACCAUGGAUGGGCUCACUGGUUCACUUGUUGCAAAAUUCACUUGAUACGGCUUUGCAGCACUGUCU